AUGGUCGGAGCUAGGCCUACUGCUGAAAACUUGGUACCGAUUCGUUUAGACAUUCAAUUCGAGGGUCAACGUUACAAAGAUGCUUUCACUUGGAACCCUUCAGACCCAGAUAAUGAAGUCCUUGUCUUUGCCAAAAGGACUGUUAAAGACUUGAAACUUCCCCCUGCCUUUGUCACUCAGAUUGCCCAAUCUCUUCAGUCUCAGCUCUCUGACUUUCGUUCAUAUGAAGGACAAGACAUGUACACUGGUGAAAAAAUCAUACUAAUUAAGCUUGAUCUCCGAGUUAACCACACCCUCAUCAAAGAUCAGUUCUUGUGGGACCUAAACAAUUUUGAGAGUGAUCCUGAGGAAUUUGCAAGAACCUUGUGCAAGGAUUUAGGUGUUGUAGAUCCUGAAGUUGGGCCUGCUGUCGCCUUUGCAAUCAGGGAACAACUUUACGAGAUUGCAAUUCAAAGUGUGGCUUCAGCUAGGGAGAGUAGAUUAACUAAGAAGGGCCGCAGAGGAUCUGAUCAUGGUUCAGCAAGCAAGGCAAGCGGCUUGCCAAUAGACCUAAUGAAGCUAUUCAGCUUCAAGUCCAGUGUAGUUCGGAAAAGGAAAGACUUGGAUGUUUAUGAACCAGUGGUGGAUCUGCUAACAAAUGAGGAUGUUGAUGCGCUCGAAGCCAGAGAAGAGAGGCGUGCAAGGUAA